UUCCAGGAACAAGUCGGAGGAGAAGAAGGGGGAGAAAACCACCACAACAUGUUGUUCACUGAGGAGCGAAAUCCCUACGCCCUAUAGCUUGAUUACAAACGGCGUAGGUUUAGCUUUCGGCCUAAGUCUAGGGUGCGGUCAUCGCGAAUUUUCGGGCUUUAUUUUUCGGUAUGUUAGUUCGCUUUUUGGCCGUCCAGCUCGUCAGGGAGUGGACCUCCGGGACGCCGCCAUCUUUAGGACUCGUCUGGGAGGGAGCCGAGCCGCUGGGCCGCCGAUAGAGCCGCCGGGGUGGAGUUUCGGCUAUCGGGGACUAUCUCUUCACUGCAGUUUACACAGCUCAACAACGACAGCCCACUGUAUAGAUUAAUUCAGAGGUCAUUGCGGAGCUCCAGAAAACCUUGCGUGAACAGUUCACUUAAACAGCUGCUAAUAACGGGUGGACUAACGUUACUGAGGUUCACAUUUACUUCUAGAGCUUACGGCACUUCACUUAAGCGACGAUUAAAGAAACACACAACCUGCAGGAGGGGUGUGUAUCUGUAUGAGGCCAUUGUCCUGCAGAUGAGCUGUCACUGGGGGCGGUUGCGUCGCAGACCCAGAUAGUCCCUGGUGGCUGCGGCCCAGGCCCAGCCCCUACCCAGCAUGCCUAACGUUGUUCGUGCGGGGAGCCUGAAGGACCCCGAGAUCGCCGAACUCUUCUUCAAGGAGGACCCUGAAAAGCUCUUUGUUGACCUGAGAGAGAUUGGCCAUGGCAGCUUUGGCGCGGUGUACUUUGCACGGGAUGUGCGCACCUCAGAAGUGGUGGCCAUCAAGAAAAUGUCCUAUAGUGGGAAACAAACCAAUGAGAAAUGGCAAGACAUAAUCAAGGAGGUAAAAUUUCUGCAAAGGAUAAAGCACCCAAACAGCAUUGAAUAUAAAGGAUGCUACCUGAGAGAGCACACAGCUUGGCUGGUAAUGGAGUAUUGUCUGGGCUCUGCUUCAGACGUCCUGGAGGUACACAAAAAGCCCUUACAAGAAAUGGAGAUAGCAGCCAUUACCCACGGUGCUUUACAAGGACUGGCGUAUCUUCACUCCCACAACAUGAUUCACAGAGACAUCAAGGCUGGGAAUAUCCUGCUGACCGAGCCUGGCCAGGUUAAACUGGCUGACUUUGGAUCUGCUUCCAUUGCUUCUCCUGCAAACUCUUUUGUGGGUACUCCAUACUGGAUGGCCCCAGAGGUGAUCCUGGCUAUGGAUGAGGGCCAGUAUGAUGGCAAAGUUGACAUUUGGUCCCUGGGUAUAACGUGUAUUGAAUUAGCGGAGAGAAAACCUCCACUCUUCAACAUGAAUGCAAUGAGUGCCUUAUACCAUAUAGCACAGAACGAAAGCCCAACACUGCAGUCAAGUGAAUGGACGGAUUACUUCAGAAACUUUGUGGACUCUUGCCUUCAAAAACUGCCCCAUGACAGACCCACCUCUGAGGAGCUGUUGCAGCAUGCAUUUGUGCUGCGCGAGCGGGCCGAAUCUGUGCUGAUGGACCUGAUCCAGCGCACCAAAGAUGCUGUGAGAGAGCUGGACAAUCUGCAGUACCGCAAAAUGAAGAAGAUUCUAUUCCCGGAGGCACACAAUGGGCCUGCAGCAGAAGCACCAGAGGAGGAAGAGGAACCAGAGCACAGUGCUGGACGGACUGGCACAGUGAACAGUGUGGGCAGCAGUCAGUCUAUCCCCAGUAUGUCCAUUAGCGCCAGCUCCCAGAGCAGCUCUGUCAACAGCCUGCCUGACGCCACUGAGGACAACAAGAGCGAACUGGACCUGAUGGAGGGAGAGCACACGAUCAUGUCCAACAAUUCUGUCAUUCACAUCAAACCGGAGGAGGAGAUUUAUCAGGAGGACUCUGAGUCUCCAAGCCAACCUUCUGAGGCACAGUCCCCACCUGCACAGACCCCUCGCCGUCAGUACCGCAACAGAGAGCACUUUGCCACUCUCCGCACAGCUUCACUGGUGACGCGUCAGAUCCAGGAACACGAGCAGGAUUCAGAGCUGCGAGAACAGAUGUCUGGGUACAAACGUAUGAGACGGCAACACCAGAAGCAGCUGUUGGCGCUGGAGAACAAGCUGAAGGCAGAGAUGGAUGAGCACAGGCUCAAACUGGACAAGGAGCUGGAGAGCCAGAGGAGCAGUUUCACAGCUGAGAUGGACAAGCUUAUUAAGAAGCACCAGGCAACCAUGGAGAAAGAUGCCAAGACCUUUGCCAGUGAUGAGAAAAAGUUCCAGCAGCACAUACAGAGCCAGCAGAAGAAAGAGCUCAGCAGUUUCCUGGAGUCACAGAAACGCGAGUAUAAACUACGCAAGGAGCAGCUCAAAGAGGAGCUAAAUGAGAAUCAAUCCACGCCAAAGAAGGAAAAACAAGAGUGGCUGUCAAAGCAGAAGGAGAACAUCCAGCACUUCCAGGCCGAGGAGGAGGCCAACCUUCUACGCAGGCAGCGUCAGUACCUGGAGCUUGAGUGCCGCAGGUUCAAGCGGCGCAUCCUUAUUGCUCGCCAUAAUGUAGAGCAGGAUCUGGUGAGAGAGGAGCUAAACAAGCGGCAGACGCAGAAGGACCUGGAGCAUGCCAUGCUGCUGCGGCACCAUGAGUCCAUGCAGGAGCUGGAGUUCAGGCACUUAAACACCAUCCAGAAGAUGAGGGCUGAACUCAUCCGUUUACAGCACCAAACUGAACUCAACAACCAGAUGGAGUACAACAAGCGCCGGGAGAGAGAGUUGCGCCGCAAGCAUGUUAUGGAGGUCCGCCAGCAGCCCAAGAGCCUCAAGUCCAAAGAGCUCCAGAUCAAAAAGCAAUUCCAGGACACAUGUAAGAUUCAAACACGACAGUACAAAGCCCUGAGGAACCACCUCCUUGAGAAUACACCCAAGUCAGACCACAAGACCAUGCUGAAGAGAUUGAAGGAGGAGCAGACACGAAAGCUGGCCAUUCUUGCGGAGCAGUACGACCACUCCAUCAAUGAUAUGCUCUCUACACAAGCUCUGAGACUGGAUGAGGCACAGGAGGCUGAGUGUCAGGUGUUGCGUAUGCAGCUGCAGCAGGAGCUAGAGUUGCUGAAUGCGUAUCAGAGUAAGAUUAAGAUGCAGACAGAGGCACAGCAGGAGCGUGAGAGAAAAGAGCUGGAGCAGAGAGUGUCCCUGCGCAGAGCCCUGCUAGAACAAAAGAUUGAGGAAGAAAUGCUGUCUCUGCAAAACGAGCGCUCCGAGCGCAUUCGCAGCCUGUUGGAGCGCCAGGCUCGAGAGAUCGAGGCCUUCGACUCGGAGAGCAUGCGUCUGGGCUUCAGCAACAUGGUAUUGGCCAACAUUUCCCCCGAGGGCCUGAGCCACAGCUUCCCUGGAGCACCGGCCAGCUGGGCCCCGCAGCAGGCCCAGGGCUACUCAUCCACGCCACAGGAUUCCCACUGGAGCAGCAGCAGCUCAGGCUCCAGCCACCACUACCACUCUAGUCAGGGAGGAGUAGGGCCUCCACAGUGGAACCACGCAUCCGGAGGCCCUCUGGGGGCAAUGCCAAAGAGCAGUGGGAGCAUGGUCAUGCGGAACAGCCCCCAAGCCCUGAGGAGGACCACCUCAGGGGGGCACAGCGAGCAGAGCAUGAGCAGGAGCACCAGCAUCACCUCUCAGAUAUCCAACAGCUCCCACCUGUCCUACACAUAAAUACCAGAGUACCAGUGCCAGCCCUACACAUACACACAUAUAUAUGUACAGGUUAGGGGACCACCAGGCAGAAAGAAUGAGCCAAACUGAACUCCCCUAAUCCGUUCAUCCCUUUCCCCUCUUUUUUUUUCCUGUCUUCUUCCUCCCCUUUUCCACAUGCAGCUAUGUAUGUGAGAUAAAGAUAAAUGUUGCUCAGGUUAAACGGUAUUCUAGAUCUACAUGACAAUUAAUUAGCCCACAUGCAGAGCUAGAGUACAUCUGUCUGUAACACUGCUCAGCUCACUUAAAGCUCAAUCAGUGUGACUCCUUCGUCUUUGCAACUUAGACUUAAAUCCAUUGAAUUGAUGGUUUUUAAAGAAUACGGAGAGACAACAUAUGUUAACACACAGAAGCGUAACUGAAUGUUACCCCAAACUAUAUUUUAAGCCAAGCUGAACCUGGCUUGGUGGUGCCAUAGCUCCCAUACUGUCAUAUUGCCAGCCUGCUGUUAUGCCCCAAAAAUGGCAUGAAUGUUGAGUUCCAAAAUUGGAACGUUACGUUGGCAUUUGAGAUGUAGUUUAUCUUAAAGAAUUAAGAUAAAGAAGGGAUUAUUUUUAUCAAGUCACAACUUUAAUAUAAAGAGUAUAUGUUGUAAAGCAGGUGAGAAUGGAAAAAGUAACAGUAGUCUUCCCAUGUAAUAGUUGUGCCAUUAUGCACUCCAUACUGCCAGAGAUUUUACAUAUUGUUUUGUAUUUAUCAUUUUUAAUGUUUGGGCUUUUUAAGAUUACAAUUGGGUCUAGGUUGAAUUAAACACUGCACUUAUGUUGCCAUUAAGAGCAAAAAUCUCCCAUAUAUCACAGAUGUUUGCUUAGUUUUGUACUGUUUUCUGUGAUAAAAAGCUCCAACUGUUAGUGUUUGUAGAAAUAAGAACAAGAGGACAGUUUUGAUGUCUGAAACAUUAUAUCUUAAUCAGUGCUUUAGAAUGUAGUUUUAGUUCUUCAUAAAAUGGUGUGCUUCUCCUUACAUGUCAGUGUUAAUGUACCAAAGUAACAUUACCCCCUCAUAUACUUCCAAGGCCUAAAAACUCUAUAAAAUAUUUGAGCUGUCAGUUUGAAGAACUCAUGUUGAGCACCUUGGUGGUGAAAGUUGAGUUCAAGUGAUUAAGAUUUUGUCCUGAAGUUACGGUUUGAUACUUUUUAACGACUACUUUUACUUGUGAAUCAGGUUUAUUUUCUUCAUAAAUGCCUUGCCAUCUCAGUUAGCAAUGUAUUUAGCCAAAGAGAUCAGGUAUGACUUGUCAGUUCAGUUAGUGCCUUUUAAUGCAUGUAUGUAUUCAGUGUAUAGUACAUACAUGCAUAGGUCUGAAUGUUUUACAUAGACCUGAAACAAAGCUCUCCCAUACAGCUUACUAAUAUGUCAUACCUCAUUCAACUACAAGGGUAGUGAACUCACUCUUAAGAUGGAUGGACUUCAUGAAUGGACAGUAGUUUUGCAUUUGAAUCUAAUGUGUCACACUCUAGAGAAAGUUGUUCAGAUGGAAUGUAGGAAGGUGUGUGUAUCUAUAUAUAGACUAUAGGUGGUUUUUUUUUGUUGUUUUGUUUUGUUUUUUUUGCUAUAUUCUACUACACACUGGAGAGCAUAGACUGUGGUUUGCAGUGCCUUUACUAAAAGCUGCCUAGCAGGAGCACUUUAUGUAGUUUGUGUUCUUUUCAGAAAAAUGCCAUGAGCCUGAGUUACAAAUACUGUCUUUAAUGGGAUUUGUGAUUUUAGUCUUGAGUCGUGUACAUUGUCUGUGGGGAUGCUAAAUAGUGAUACAGAACCUUCAGAUUAGACCUCUGAAUUUGUGUCGUCAGUAUGUCGUCUGUGCCAUGCCCAUAUUAGGAACUCCAGGUCCGAGCUGGUUUCCUCUAUGAGAAAAAUGAAUGUCAUUUUUGAAAUUCACAGCUAUUGUGCCCUGUGGAAAACAAAGUUCCCAAAGCUAAUAUGUUCUGCCAUAUAGACAUUCGUCCUCAGAACAUCAUAGAUCCUUCUCAUUAUAAGGUCAUUAUAGGGCCAAAAUACUAUUGACUAUUGCUACAAACACUGCUGCGCUUCAAAUUGACAUAGUAAGCCUGGCAACAUCACCAAAAUGCCCCAUGCACACCAGCAAGCUUUGUCAAAUGUCGUAGUUCAGUUAUUUUUGUAGUAGUAGGCCACGGUUUGAGUAGCUGGUAUAACAUUGUUAAAGUUCAGUAAGUAUUUAUGUUAAUGCGACUUCAUUGGAGGUGGGUAGAGUAGCCUAAACCCAUACUCAAGUAAAGGUAUUAACACUUAGGUAAAGGAAUGACUUGAGUAAAAGUACCUUCCCAAAGAACAACUUGAGUAGAAGUACAAAUAUAUUGGGUCAAAAAAUAAGUACUGAAUAACUUGUAGAAUUGCAGUGAAUCCAGCAUAUUAUCAGAACAGGAACUGAACUUUAUCUGCUAUUCUUGGACUAAAGGAAAAUGCUUAUGCUCCAAGGUCAGAGCAAUCCUGACAGCGGUACAGAUGUUACUGACAAACCAUGAAAAAUUAUGUAACUAAAUUAUAAAUGGCUAAAAUAAACCUGGGCGAUAUGGCAAAAUAUAAUAUCACAAUACUUCAAGAAUCACAAUAGACAAAGCAGUCCCACAUUUAAAAAUACUAUCAAAACAUAUGAAUCCAAUUAUUUGUAAUUAACAUUUCACCCACUGCAUCAAACUGAAUAAAUAUAAAGGACAGUUAAACAGGUGUAAUUAUGCUCUCUUUGUUUUUGGACAUCCAUUUGGAAAGUGUAUUUAACUACUGUUGAAAUCCACAGUAUGCUCAGAAAAGCUUAUCGUGAUAUAUUGUAACGUAAGACUUCAUUAUAACAAAUAUUGUAAUAUUGCCCAUCGCUAGACUAAAAUGUUAAUGAGUAAAAGAUUUAUGUAUUCUGAGAGUACAAAUCCACCAAUAUUUCAUUUCGGUUACUAUCCACCUCUGGACAUCAUAAUUCAGAAGAUCCACUGACAAUGGAGGUGUUAAAAUAUGUAUAUAUAUAUAUAUAUAUAUAUAUAUAUAUAUAUA